AUGGUUCUUUCAAGAUACUCGCCGACGGCCCUCCCGACCGCCGCCGGAAUCCUCCUGCUCAUCCUCCACAUCAGCCCGCCGCCGCCCUGCCGCGCGAUCCGCUCCUUCCCGGAGAACGGCCCUUCCGCCGCUGCCCGUUUCGGAUUCUCCGAGGCGCCGGAGUAUCGCAACGGCGCCGGCUGCCCUGGCGGCGCCGCCGCUCCGUACGACCUGUCCCUCGUCCACGUGGCGAUGACCCUCGACUCGGAGUACCUCCGCGGCUCGGUGGCGGCGGUCCACUCCGUCCUCCGCCAUGCGUCCUGCCCGGAGCAGGUCUUCUUCCACUUCGUGGCGGCGGAGUUCGACCCGUCAACCCCCCGGGUCCUGACCCGGGUCAUCCGCUCCGUUUUCCCAUCUCUCAACUUCAAGGUGUACAUAUUCCGCGAGGAAACGGUCCUCAAUCGGAUCUCCUCCUCGAUCCGACCCGCUUUGGAGAACCCGCUAAACUACGCCCGGAGCUAUCUGGGAGACCUGCUCGACCCGUGCGUGACCCGGGUCAUCUACCUGGACUCGGACGUCAUUCUCGUGGAUGACGUGGCCAAGCUAUGGCGGGUCGGGCUGUCCGGUAACCGGGUCAUCGGGGCGCCCGAGUACUGCCGGGCGAACUUCACCAAAUACUUCACGGAUAGAUUCUGGUCCGACCCUAUCCUGACCCGGAAGGCGUUCGGGUCUCGUACCCGGAGCCCCUGCUACUUCAACACGGGUGUGAUGGUGAUGGAUUUGGGUCGGUGGAGGGAGGGGCAUUUUCGGGAGAAGAUAGAGAAUUGGAUGGAACUGCAGAGGAGGAACCGGAUGUACGAGCUGGGGUCGCUGCCCCCCUUCCUGCUGGUGUUCGGUGGUGACGUGGAGCCCAUCGGGCACAGAUGGAACCAGCACGGGCUGGGGGGUGACAACGUGGCGGGAUCCUGUAGGGCGCUGCACCCUGGUCCAGUGAGCCUGCUGCACUGGAGCGGGAAGGGGAAGCCGUGGGUGCGGCUGGACGAGGGGAAGCCGUGUCCGUUGGAUCACCUGUGGGAGCCGUACGAUCUGUGGAAGGGGCAGGAUCGUCAUUUAAUGUUUUCGGGUGGGUUGGUUGAAUAUUCGAGUUUUAUGUUUUGA